UUUCAGAUGCAGACGACAGCAGCAGUGAGGAGAGUGAGCUCGGCGUCCCCCCCUCCCCUGAAGGAUGUCUCCAGAUGAACCUGGUGUAUCAGCAGGUCCUUCAGGAGACGCUGCAGCAGCUGGAGGAGCUGCUAACAAACAACAACAGACAGCAGAAGGAGCUGGUGUCUCAGCUGUCUGGACCAAUCAGAGAGCGCCCUCAGGAACAGCCCGCCUCCUCGUCCUGUCAGCAGUCCGUCGGCAUGUACCUGGGACGCUUCCUCAAACCGUACUUCAAGGACAAGCUGACCAGCAUGGGUCCUCCAGCCAAUCAGGAGGCGAGAGAGAAGGCCAGCAGGAUGAGUGGCUGUCUGGACGAGAAGCAGCUGAAGAUCAAACGAUGGGAGAGCUGGCAGAAGACCCUGUUGAUCCACUCAGUAUCCAGAGACAGUCUGAGGAAACUCAUCCAGCCCAAACUCUCCAGGGUGGACUACCUGAGCCAGAAGCUGUCCUCAGCAGCAGAGACAGACAAGCAGCCAAUCAGAGAGCAGAUAGACCGUCUGGAGAGAGACAUCGACCUGCUUAGAGGGAAGAAGGAGGAGGAGCUGAUUGGUGAUCGGUACGAUGAACAUGAUUGGCAGAAAAUCUCCAAUAUUGAUUUCGAGGGCACCAGGGACUCGGAGGACAUCCGGCUCUUCUGGAGGAACUUCCUGCACCCGGCCGUCAGUAAGGCCGCGUGGAGCAAGGAGGAGGUGGAGGAGCUGAGGGAGGCCAGCAGGAGGCAUGAGGAGAGACACUGGGAGAGCAUCGCUGAGGAGCUGGGGACGGGGAGGACAGCCUUCCUGUGUCUUCAGACCUAUCAGCGGUUCGUCUCGGUCUCGUUGAAGCGAGGCUGCUGGAUGCCGGAGGAAGACGCUCAGCUCAGAGAGCUGGUGGAGAAGAUGAGGAUCGGAAACUUCAUCCCCUACACCCAGAUGAGUUACUUCAUGGAGGGCCGUGACCCGGCUCAGCUGAUCUACAGGUGGAACCAGGUGUUGGACCCGAGCCUGAAGAAAGGCUUCUGGAGCAAAGAGGAGGACGAGCUGCUGCUGUACGCCGUGUCCCGGCACGGGGAGAAGGACUGGUGGAAGAUCAGGCUGGAGGUUCCCGGGCGCACAGACUCCGGCUGCAGAGACAGGUACUAUGACUGUCUGAAGGCGGAGGUGAAGAAAGGAGUGUUUGACCAACAGGAGACAGGUCUGCUGCUGAUGCUGGUGCACAAACACGGAGUCGGGCGCUGGGCCAGGAUAGCAGCAGAGAUCCCUCAGCGUAACGACGCUCAGUGCAUGAGGACGUGGAGGAAGAUGAGCGGAACGAUGCCUGUGCGUCCUCUGAAGAAAAACUCAACAACAAAAAAUGUCACAGGCAGGAGGGCGCCUGCGCAGAAGGUGGCGCCGACCAGGAAGAGAGUCAGGAGGAGGCCGCCGGUGCAGAAGGAGAAAGAGAAAGAGGAGGAGGAGGAGGAGGAGGAGGAGGAUGAUGAGGAGGAGGAGGAUGAGGAGGAGGUGCUGGUGGUGCCGUACAUGGACAGUGAUGAAGAGAAGCUGGUGAAGAAGAAGAAGAAGAAGCAGGUGAAGAAGAAGAAGAAGCAGGAGGUGGUGCAGUUGGAGGAGGAGCAGGAGUUCACCCCCCCGCCCAUGCAGGAGUGGAUCCCAGUAGAUAAAGCAUGCGCCUCCUGCCUCAGGUUCUCCCCGGUGGACCCUCCCCCCCCCGGAGCCCCCCCCGCCCCGAUGGUCCGCUCCACUCUGCUGGAGGGCCCCGGCGCCUCCUCCUUGUUGGGCCCCCCCCCCACAGAGCGCAGAGGCUCCUCCCUCUUGAUGGUGUCGGAGCAGCAGCUGAGAGCCCGCCUCCUCCAGCAUGUCGGCCCCCCCUCCAUGAGGCUGAGCUUUGAGCUGCAGGAGGCGGUGGCUCCGUGGCUCGGGAACCUCCUGCUGAGGAGGAGGUGCAGCGUGGCCCACAGCCUGAGGAGCAGCCGCCCCCCCUCCUCCCCCCUCUUCCUGCUCCUCCUGCAGGCCAUGAGGGUGGACGCCACCGGCUGCAGGGAGGUGAUCCGGCAGAGGAGCAGCGGGGGGGUGCAGCUGGCCCCGCCCCCCUCUAGCCCCGCCCCCUCCCCCCGCGCCAACUUUGUGUCUGGGAUUCUGCAGCUGAGGAGCAUCAAGGAGGAGCAGCAGGAGAAACUGAUCCACACACAGACUCGCCCCAGGGGUCUCCUUCAGAGGCCUCCUCAGGCCAUCCUGCCCCCCUCCCCUCUGAACCCCCCCUUACCUCUGUUCUCUGUGCUACCGCUGCCCCUGAACGCCACACUCUUACCCCCCAGCCCAGCUCCCUGCCCGCCCCCUGUGGGCCGCAGUGAGGGUGUGAUGGUGGCCGGAGGGAGUCAGAAGACUGGAGCUCUGCAAGAGACCCAGGCUGAAGACGGACAGGAAGCGACCCCGCCCCCCUCCGUACCGACCAAUCAGCGCUCUGCUCCCUGUCCUCUACCUCCCUUCCCCGUCGAUCAUGAGUACGCCUCCUCUGUCCUCCCCCCCUGCUCACUGAAACCUGACUCCUCCACCACUGCCUCCCCUAGGAAGUGGGAGAUAGAGGGGGAGAUGAGCAGUGGGACAGGUGUGAUGAGUCAUCAGAAUGGGACAGGUGUGAUGAGUCAUCAGGAUGGGACAGGUGUGAUGAGUCAUCAGGAUGGGACAGGUGUGAUGAGUCAUCAGGAUGGGACAGGUGUGAUGAGUCAUCAGGAUGGGACAGGUGUGAUGAGUCAUCAGGAUGGGACAGGUGUGAUGAGUCAUCAGAAUGGGACAGGUGUGAUGAGUCAUCAGGAUGGGACAGGUGUGAUGAGUCAUCAGGAUGGGACAGGUGUGAUGAGUCAUCAGAAUGGGACAGGUGUGAUGAGUCAUCAGGAUGGGACAGGUGUGAUGAGUCAUCAGGAUGGGACAGGUGUGAUGAGUCAUCAGGAUGGGACAGGUGUGAUGAGUCAUCAGGAUGGGACAGGUGUGAUGAGCCAUCAGGAUGGGACAGGUGUGACCCCCCCCAGAGGGAAGAGGGUGAGGAACCUGACGCCGAGGGCCAUGGCUCUGCAGGAGGAAACCAGGGCCAAGGAUGAAGCCAGGAGAAAGAGGAGAGCUUCUUCUCCUCGUAAGAAGCGCUCCCAUUCCUCUAAACAGGAAGUGGUCCCAGUACCCCCCCUCCCCUUCUAUCUGCAGCCCAUGUUGGUGUUGACCCCCAAUGGGCUGGUCCAAAUGGCACAGGCCCCGCCCCCUGGCCCACAGCUAACACAGGCCCCGCCCCCUGGCCCACAGCUAACACAGGCCCUGCCCCUAACAAAGGCCCCGCCCCCCUUCCUCCAGCUAACACAGGCCCCGCCCCCUGGCCUACAGCUAAAACACGCCCCGCCCCCCUUCCUACAGCUAACACAGGCCCCGCCCCCCUUCCUACAGCUAACACAGGCCCCGCCCCCCUUCCUACAGCUAACACAGGCCCCGCCUCCUAGCCUGCAGCUAACACAGGCCCUGCCCCUCUUCCUACAGCUAACACAGGCCCUGCCCCUAACACAGGCCCCGCCCCCCUUCUUCCAGCUAACACAGUCCCAGCCCCCCGGCCUACAGCGAACACAGGCCCCGCCUCCUAGACUGCAGCGAACACAGGCCCCGCCCCCCUUCCACCAGUUAACACAGGCCUCGUCCCCCAUCAUUAAGCCCCUCCCCAACCACUUUCUGCCAUAUAAGGGCGCGGCGGUGCUGCAGUUUGACUCCUCCCUCAUGUUCCUGGAGUCGCAGGAGGAGGUGCAUGAUUGGCUGAGUGGGCGAGGGGGCGUGGCAGCUCCUGGGGGGCGGGGCCUCCCUUACCUACCGCCCUCUGUCAGCAGUGUGAGGUCACUCAGUGCGCUGCUGAGGGCCCGCAGGUCUCUGAACAGCUGCACGAAGCUGCUCAGCAGGAGGCCUACGCCCCGAGGCCCCCCCGCCACACCUGAGAUGGGAGGGGGGCGUCUGGGCUCCACCCUCCCCCUCAGAGACACGCAGGACGCUGCAGCCCCCUCCGUCCCCCCCGAGGAGGAGGCGGAGCUAGCGAAGAAGGCGGAGCUAGUGAAGGAGGCGGAGCUUGUGGCAGUGACACGUCAGCUGGUGGCAGAGCGUUUCUCAGGUAACCCCGCCUACCAGCUGCUGAAGGCGCGCUUCCUGUCCUGCUUCACUGUGCCCGCCCUCCUCGCCAGCCUGCAGCCAAUCACAAAGAAGACUGUGCCAGAGGAGGAGGAGGAAGAGGAGGAUGAGGAAGAGGAGAUAGAGGAGGUGUUGAAGAGGAUCAAAGGAGGAAAGAGGAGAGGAAGGAGAUCUGUCCUGCUGGAAGACGGGCCUGGAGCUCCAGCCAAUCACUUCUCAGGGAUCCAGACAAAUCCAGACCUUCAGGACACUGUCCACUGAGACCUCACAGAUAAAGUGUCCUCACAGGACUCUGUCCACUGAGACCUCACAGAUAAAGUGUCCUCGCAGGACUCUGUCCACUGAGACCUCACAGAUAAAGUGUCCUCGCAGGACUCUGUCCACUGAGACCUCACAGAUAAAGUGUCCUCACAGGACUCUGUCCACUGAGACCUCACAGAUAAAGU